GAUCCCUGACCAUCAAUCCACGGGCCCUCACCCAACUCCCCACUGCUUAGUUCAGCCUUCUGAGUUGUCAGUGUCAGGCCCACGUUCCGGAUAGAAUCGCUCUGACACUCACAUUGUCAGAAAAAGGGCACAGUAUACAUGAGAGAUGAAAGAAAUGACGCUCUAGAAUCAGAGGAGCCACACUUCUGGACUUGGCUCUGCCUCUGACUUGCUGAGUGACCCAGAACCAGUCACUUGCCCUCUCUGGACCUUGAAUGGUUUCCUUUUAAGCACAGUGUAGGAUGAGGUCCCUCUUAGGGCUUCCCAGAGCCAGGUCAUAUUCUGUUAGGAGGGACGGAGGUGCUGCUCAGGCUCCAGGGCAGCCGGCAGCCGGCAGGCGCAGGCUCAGGCUCAGGCUCAGGCACGGCUCCUUGCCGGUUAAGUCCACUGGCCGUGCCCGACCUUUUGGCCCCAUAGCACUCAAGGCGGGUGAGUACCAUUUCUCCAUUUUCCCUCCUCCCGUGAUGCCCCAGGGCCUGGUUGUUAAAGUCCACCCAGGACACACCCUCGCAGAGCAGUGUCACGUGUAAGGGUGGGGCUAGCCUGGGGCCAGGGCAGCAAAAGACACAGGCUUUUUGUUUUAUUUUGGGGGGGUGGCCCAUAGAAUACACACAGCAUUAAAUUUACCAAGGUAACCAUUUGUCAGCGUGCAGUUCAGUACUGUUGACUAUAUUUGCAUUACCAUGCAGCCAACCUCCAGAACUCUCUUCAUCUGCCCAAAGUGAAACUCUGUACACAUUAAACGUUAACUACCCAUGUCCUCCUGCCCCCAGCUCCUGGCAACCACAGUUCCUUCUGGCUCUAAAAAUUUGACUAAUCUAAUCUAAAUUCCACGGAGGUGGUAUCAUACCGUGUUUGUCUUUUUGUGACUAGUUUAUUGUACUUAGCAUAACGUUCCCAAGGUUCACCUGUCUGUCAGAACUUGCUGUGUAAGGCUGAAUGAUAUUCUAUUGUGUGUAUAUACCACAUGGUGAUCAUCCGUUCAUCCGUUGAUGGACACUUGGGUUGCUUCUGCCUCUUGGCAAUUGUGAUCAAUGCUGCUGUGAACACGGGGGUGCAAAUAUCUCUUCAAGACCCCGCUUUCCAUUUCUUUGGAUAUAUAUCCAGAAAUGGGAUUGCUGGAUCAUAUGGUUUUCUAUUUUUAAUUUUCUCAGGAACUGCCGUACAUUUUCCAUAGAGGUGAUGGUGACUAGGGUGGCAGUGGUGGAGCCAGAGACAGAUUGGAGUCAUGCAGCCACAAGCCAAGGAUUGUUGGCAACCCCUAGACAAUGAUGCUAGAAAGAGGCAAGGAAGGAUCCUCCCCUAGAGCUUUCAAAGAGAGCCUGGCCCUGCCUACACCUUGAUUUUGGACUUCUGACCUCCAGAACUGUGAGGGACCAUGAGAGAAUCAACACAGUUUGUGGUAGUUGGUUACAGCAGCCUCAGGAAACUAAUAUGGGCAGACCUCAUUUUAUCGUACUUUGCAGAUACUGCGUUUUUUACAAGUUGAAGGUUUGUAGCAACCUAGCAUUGGCAGAUAUUGGUUCACAUUUUUAGCAAUAAAGUAUUUUUAAAUUAAGGUAUACUCCUUGUCUUUUUAAACAAAAGGCUAUUGCACAUUUAGUAGACUAGAGUAUAGUAUAAACAUAACUUUUAUAUGCAGUGGAAACCAAAAACUUCACGUGAUAUUCGCUUUCUUGCGGUGGUCUGGAACCGACCCCUCAGUAUCUCUGAGGUGUCCCUGGACAGAGAUUGAAAAUCCCAUUGUGGUUGAAGGCUGCAUUAGAGUCAGAGUCUAUACAAGGAGGAGGUGGGAGUCUCUAGGGGGGUGCUGGACAUUGGUAAUAGAAAGGGGGCAGUUUCUGUUAGUGACAGGGUCUAGGGCAGCACCGUCCAAUACACCUUUCUGCGGUGGUAAGCAUGCUCUCUGUGUGAUCCAGUAUGGUAGCCACUAGCCACAUGUGACUAUCGAGUCCCUGAAAUGUGGGCCGUGGGACUGAGGACCUGAGUUUUAAAUUUUAUUUCAUUUUAAUUAACUAAGAUUUAAAUAGCACACAUGGCUAGUGGUUCCUAUAGUGGCCAGCAUGGGCCUAGUGUAUGACCUUGGGUGUGUGUGGCAGAGAGUUCAAGAUCUUUGGAAGUGAGGCAUGAGAACUUCAAGGCCAGUUUGUCGGAAAUAUCAUCUGUGCAGAAACGGAAACCCUCAAGACAGGUCAGGGGUACUGAUGGAGAGAGAGGUGAUGGUGAGCCAUGAGCUGCAAACUUCAAGAAAUGACUGCAGGUCUGAGCCUGAUUUCGUACCUUCUCUCCCUUGCCUGGGACCAAGGCUCCUCUUUGUGGGGAGCUGGCUGAGCUCACUCCUGCAACUCCUGAAAUCUCCGGAACUCCUGGUCCCAGCUGCCCCAGCACCCCAGUCCCUGCCCCUGUCAUAUGUCCCUGCCAGCCCCAAGAGCUCUCAGCAAUUCAACAUGGUCCAGGCAUGCUCUGCCCCGUGGUGCCAGGGGCUUCAGCCACAAGGCAGGAUACACACAAGGAGCAGGGUGACUUCUCUAUUUUUUUUUUUUAAUUUUUGUAUUUUAUUUUAUUUAUUUUUUUUAUACAGCAGGUUCUUCUUAGUUAUCCAUUUUAUACAUAUUAGUGAAUACAUGUCACUCCCAGUCUCCCAAUUCAUCCCACCAGAACACCCCCCCACCACUCUCCCCACCUUGUUCUCUACACUUGUAUCUCUAUUUCUGCCCUGCAAACUGGUUUUUCGAGGUUCCACAUAUAUGCGUUAAUAUACGAUAUUUGUUCUUCUCUUUCUGACUUAACUUCACUCUGUAUGACAGAUUCUGUAUGACGUAGAUCCAUCCACGUCACUACAAAUGACCCAAUUUCGUUCCUGUUUAUGGUUGAGUAAUAUUCUAUUGUAUAUAUGUACCACAUCUUCUUUAUCCAUUUGUCUGCUGAUGGGUAUUUAGGUUGCUUCCAUAUCCUGCCUAUUGUAAAUAGUGCUGCAGUGAACAUUGGGGUGCAUGUGUCUUUUUGAAUUAUGGUUUUCUGUGGGUAUAUGCCCAGUAGUGGGACUGCUGGGUCAUGUGGUAAUUCUAUUUUUCGUUUUUUUAGGAACCUCCAUACUGUUCUCCAUAGCGGCUGUAUCAAUUUACAUUCCCACCAACAGUGCAAGAGAGUUCUCUCUCCUCCACACCCUCUCCAGCAUUUGUUGUUUGUAGAUUUUCUGAGGAUGCCCAUUCUGACCGGCGUAAGACUUAGCUUUGGAACCAAACCCUUCUGACCACCCAAGAGCCAGCACAAUCUUUCUGAGCAAAUCUCAAACAGCUGUGCGGCAAAAGAAGAAGAGCAACCAUUUAAACCAUUAUGACCUUAGCAAUAUAUUACCACAUAAAGAACAGAGAUGCAGAUAGAUCCUUGGAUAUUUUUGAUGAGAGAUUACAUCCACUCACACGAGAAAAGAUUCCAGAGGAAUACUUCGAGCAUGAUCCUGAACACGAAUUCAUUUACAGAUUUGUUCAUACUCUUUUUAGUGCCGCACUGCUAACUGCUGACUGUGCAGUAGUAACUUUGGUUUACUUAGAAAGGCUUUUAACUUAUGCUGAGAUCGACAUUUGCCCCACUAACUGGAAAAGAAUUGUUUUGGGAGCCAUUCUUCUUGCCUCCAGGCUUUGGGACGAUGAUGCUGUACGGGAUGUGGAGUACAGCCAGAUCCUCAAGGACGUUACAGUUGAGGACAUGAAUGAGAUGGAAAGGCACGUCCUGGAGCUACUUCACUUUAAUAUUAAUGUUCCUUUCAGUGUGUAUGCCAAAUACUACUUUGACCUUCGCUCCUUAGCACAUGACAACAACCUGAAUGUUCUAUUCACUCCUCUUACCAAACAAAGAGCACGGAACUACGAGGCCAUUUCCAGAUUGUGUGACGACGAAUACAAAGACGUGUGUAGAGCUGCUAUGAGAAGGUCUUUCAGCGCUGAUCAUUUCAUUGGUAUUCGGCGCUCCAAUGCCAUCCUCUCUUAAGGGAGAAGUGAGGGGUUGUAACAUCAUAAACCCCUCGAAACAAGGACUGGAGAAAUAGCACCUCUCCUGCUCAGAAACCAGCAAAGUUAGUAUUUUCACCUUAAAGAAAGACAUUGAAUUCAAGAGACUCAUGGACAAGCGAAGAUUAUGCUCAUAGGAAAGAACGGGACCUCGUCAAUGUAACACGCUCUUCUGUCCUUUUUAUUGUAAACAGAGUUACAAAAACCACUCCAAAGCUAAAAGCUCCCAAUCCAUGCACAGAUAUCUGCUCCCAAUCGACACACAGAUAUCUGAUAGCUGAGAACUAUGUGAGGUUUUUUAAUUAAUAGCUUAAAUUUUUAGACUUUAAAGACUUUAGACUUUAACUAUAUAAAGACUUUUACCUAUUUAAAGACU